CGGAGCUUUCUUCUUUUUCUUGUCUUGGCCAGCAAACUAUGUUUAUUUAUUGAAUCGCAUGCAUGCAUGCAUGCAUGCACGUAUGUAUCUAUUUAUGGACAUACGAACGAAUGACACUUGUGUACGUAUGCAUAGUCGUAUGUAUGAAGUACGUAUGCAUGUACGUGUGCAUGUAUUUACUUUACACGAUGAAAUAGGCACGCCGUUCUACGAAGCCCAACAACGCAGUCUGCACUUGGUGGUGGAGAGCAACCAGCCUCAUGUUGCAUCUGCAGCACUGGUGGAGGAAGAAGUGCGGGAUGCUGUGCCGGCAAAUACAUCACUAGUGAUUCAGGCACUUCACCAAGGCACGGCCAUUAUCCGUGUCAGGCUUGCCGACAGACCGGAGGUUAGUGAUUAUGUUGCAGUUCAAGUGGGAGCAUAUGUGAGUCCUCGCAAUCCAACUUUGCAUGUUGGAGGGCGCAUCAACUUCACAAUUGGUGGAAGGGCGGCAGGGAUUGCCUCAGGCGAACGGGGAAAAUGGGUGUCAGGCAACGAUAAGAUUGUGAAAAUAAAUCCUCACACAGGCAAAGCAGAGGCAGUUGGGAGGGGGACAACAAGAGUGUUUUUCACCGGCCCACGCAUAACUGUAGAUACCACAGUCUCUGUGGUUCAGGUAGCAUCAUUAAGCAUCAGCAGACCGGAGGGGAGCGGUCCAAUUACAAAUGUCGGCGAUAAAGUCUACUUGUUUCCUGUUUCGUUCAGCUACAAGUCUGUACUGAAUGAUGGCUCUCCUAAGGACCAGUCCAUUGCAUUCACCUGCGAGCUCGAUCCUCCGUACAUAGGGAUGGUGAGUGCCCGCAGGGAUCCAGAGUCGGGACAGUCAUCAUGUGUGUUGCAUCCCUACUCUCCGGCAGAUCUGCAGUUGGAUGUCAAGGGGCAGCCUCGAUCGUGGCAUCAGUAUGAUCUUGGAGGUGCAGCCUCUGGAUCUAUUCCGUUGAUUGUGAUGGCUGUUGUGGAGGGCCCCAGUGGAUCUCUUGUUAAGGAUAGGGUGACCCUGAACUUUGUUGGAGGCUUUACGUUGGCGAAGGAGGCACCGUCUCAGGUUACUUUGUUCCCGAGAACUAAUCGCUCCAUGGUGGUGCUUGUUGGAAACGUCGCGUCGGUCGAUGUUUCAUGGAGUAGGAAGGAUGCAUUGUCGGUGAGGGACAUCAGUCGUCUGGAUGAAGCGCCGGGAUUGGCCGGAAAAGCGAGGUUCGAGGUCAAAGUCCUUCAACAAGGAGCUCCAUUUGCCGACGUGCUCGUCUUCACYUCUCGUGAKACGGGGCARCAGUUGGAGCUUCCUGUCACCUUCAGGCCUGACGAUACAAAAUCGGAAAGAGAAAUAUCGAUCGUCUCUAGCAUUGUGACCACGGUUGCAGUUGSGGCAGUGGUGAUGUUGCUUGUAUGGGUGUGUGCAUGGUCCAUGGAUCAACCUCAAGUAAUUCCUCCCCCUCCACCAGGUUCGAUGAUCUCUCCUCCCGGACGUGCCACUAGUCCAGCAACACCUCCCAGUGGCACUAGCACUUUCGGACGUACUACUCCAGUGCAGCAGCCUUUCGACACCCAACUGCGCUCACCCUCUCCAUCCCGACCCGCUGUGCAGUCGCCCCCGUAUACAGAGCAUCUCAGCAGGACAAUUCAACGAACACCGUAUUUCGAUAGGGAUAUGGCAAGGCGCUUCGACCCCACACGGACAUACUAGGGUCUCAUAGAGGUGCUAUGGUGGGUGAGGGUGAUACUGUAUUCCCCUCCCCCCUCACCAAAUUCAGUUUUGUAACUUCAGUUUUGUUACUCUUGUUUCUUCACCUGUCGGAGCACCAAAGCCUGUGAUGUUAGCAUUGCAAUUCCUCGAGUCUUUUCCUUUGUUUUUCACUUAGUGCAGCAGAUGUUCCCUCCAUCCUCCCGGUCUCUCAAUCAAUUGGCUGCGCGGAUCCUUGCUCAUGAGAAUGAUGCCUGGUAGGUGGUUUGUUCGUCAGGCAAUGUGGCACCCCAUUUGUUGUUCAGAUCUGGCACAAACUGCACAAAACGAGUGGUUCAAACUGCACAAAACGAGUGGUAGUCUGUCUACCAGUGUGGAAUCAUGGGAGGACGAUGGAGAUGGGCAAUGGAAAUGAUGUCAAGGUAAGAAGGUAGUAGCAGGUUCGAAUUGAAAUAGGUUAAAGGGUAGGGAUGCUUUUUCUGCUUGUUAGUUUCAUGUUUCAUUAGUUAGGGAACAGUGCCUCAGAAGAGUGUGACAGGUAAGCGAACACAGUAGAAGUAGCAGGAACGGUAGUUUCGUCAGUGCAUGAUGUGGCAUCCAGAUUCUAUAAAGUGGCGCAGCUCGGGAGAGUGGAAGGUGAGGGUUCUCAAUAGUAUGAGUCGUUAGAGAGGAAGGUAGAUUUCUGGUAGCCACGGAUCUUUGUUUUGGAGCGGAAGAGAUCUGAAUCCCAUCGAUUGUAGUUUCUCAUGAUC